AUGUCCGAAGUGGUGGUACUAAAUGUUGGCGGAGAGAAAUUUUCUACUUCGCAAAAAACUCUUGGUCGCAAGAGCCUCGGAGAGGUCUUCAUCGAUCGCGAUUCUACAGUAUUCAAAUAUAUUUUGAACUAUCUACGUAAUGCUGCCUACGUGCAACGUGUGCGUCCCGGUGGCAAUGGUGUCCUAUUCAGAAUCCACAAUGCCGUUAUAACAAAUCUGUCCAGGUGGGUACGUCGACUGAACUGGUUUUGGGGCCUUGUUACGUCCCAUUUAAGCCGUUUCAAGACCCGAUAA